AUGGCUGCCGCAUCUUCAGAUGACCCGGGUCCACCAGGUGAGAAGCGAUUUGAAAUCAAGAAGUGGAGCGCGGUGGGCCCUCUCCUAGCCCCGCGUCAGCGGGCAGCCUGGCGGCAUGCCGACUGGAGAAGCAUGCAAGGCUCCACGGCCUCCACAGGUGCCACAGGCAAUGGCAACGUGCGGACGGAGGAUGAAGGGGCCCGUUGCCCUUUUCUUCUGGAACAUGACGACAGCAAGAUUGUCAUCUGCAUGUGCAACUACUACUCCCUGGGGCAGGCCGAGUUGGCCCGAGCGCUGUUGCAGAUCAUUGCCAGCAGGAACUUGGCCAAGGCACUGUUCUGCAUACAACUUGCACUGCUGCUAGUGGCUUUCUUUGGCUCUCAGAUGUCUGAGGAAGAUCAUCUGGUGCUCCAGUUCUCGGAUGGAGGGCCUGUGCAGAGCUCACAAGAUGCUUCCAUGCUUUUGCGCUUCUAUGCGAGUUGCAGGUUCCGUGCCCGCUUGCAGCUUUACUGCUCGAUCAAACAUGGAAUCAUGGCCGUUCGCGUCACGGGACGGCGAAGUGGUUCCGGUCAACAAGAAAAAGCAAUCGUGGCAGCAGAAAGAGGCUACUGCGGAUUGGUGGUCUUCAACAGGAGAAGCGGCGUGCCUCCACCCGCAGUCGGGAUCUUGGAGCUGCCGGACAUGACAGCCGGUCGGGAGCGAGAUGGGAAUGUGGCAGUGCCCGCUUGGCUCGUCUCAAAGGAGGACGGCCUGGCGCUUCUGGCUGCACUGGCCUCCGGAACCUUGCAGGCGGAGGUGAUUGAGCAAGAAAGAAAGCCCCCAUUGUGGGUCGCACAGGCGGACAGCUUCGGCAUCCGGGAUUACCAGCUGGUCGCAUGCAUGCAGCGUUGCGAUCUGGUCUACGUCUAUGUCUCAUGGAUCGCGAAGAGCUUCAUGCCCGAUGAUGCUCGAGGGCGUUCGAUUGCCAUGGGCAAUCGCUGCAGCUGGAAGUCGGUGCUGAUGGUGAUCGAAACAGGCGAAGAUCGGUCAGGGCCCUGUCUUUCCACCUUCGUGAGGGUCUGGUCGGCCUGCGAAGUUUGGGCCAAGGAGACCCAGAUGCAGGGUGCCGGUGCCGGCUUCAUCGACUUCCAUCCAACUGCCGCAGGGAGCACUCAACGUCCGCCGCGAAAACAACUUCUUCGCUUUGCGCUCGUCAACGCAGGCAACGCAACCACGCGCAGCCUCUCCGUGCAGUCAGCAGGCAAGGUCCAGCAAUGCCCUCUGCAGCAGGUCCCGUUCACGCAAGCACAGAUGGUGCAGCCGCGGCACGGCGCCGCAUCUCCGACGGCGUCGCAGGGCUCACUGCACCGUGCACCUCGCCUGAGCUGGCCUCCGAGUUCACAGGGACACCCGAGUGUUCCCAGCACACCUUGCACUCCCAGUCCUAAGCCAUUGCCAUGCCAGGGUUCUCAGACCAGCAGGACCUCGCGGGAAGGCGCACCUACGCGGCUCGCCUCGAGUCAGCUAGGAGCCAUGAGUCCAUCACGGCCAGCGGUCCAGGGCCAGGGCAUGCUGUCAAGCCCUCCCAGCCGCUCCGAUAUCCUCAGCGAUGGAAGCGAGGUACCCAGUCGGAAGACAUUGCCCUCCGGCGUGAGACUUCAGGUGAGUACGCAAGAGGACCCGCAGCACGGACUGCAGGUCCAGAGUGUCAUGGUGACGAAAAGAAAUGAGAGGAGCACCGAGGAUUUGCAGAAGGAAGUUGCCAUCCUUACGAACCUCCUCCAUCAGGAGCGCCGGCAAGCCAACGAUGCAUUCAACAAGCUCCACAACAAGUGGUCCUGCGACCUUCGUGCCAAUGAGGACUUCAUCAAGUACUUGCACAACGAGAAAGAUCGGAUGCAACAAAAGCUGGAGGGCCUCGAGAAUGAGCGCAAGGGUGUCAUUGCCCAAUGGCAGCAGCUUGUGGCCGAGAACGAGGACUUGCGGAAGGAGCUGCGAAGCAAGAACAGGCAGCUGGAGGGUGAGAACAGUGAGCUGAAAGAGGCGCUAACAAAGCUCCAGAACAGGCUUGAGGAGUUGAACAGCUUCGAGAACUUCGCUGAUGGUGAGCUUGAAGAUGCGAGGGCCAAGGUAGCGAACAUGGCACAUGAGCUUGAGGGUGCGCAGAACCAGGUGGCCAAGUUGCAGAAGGAAAAUGCCUCUUUGCAGAAGCAGGUAGAAGUCCAGCGCAAGCUGCGUGAGGAUGAGCAGAGAGCCUCCGAGGAAAAGAACCGCCGCUGGGCUCGGGAGUGCAGUGGCGUUGGAGCCGGCACCGGAGAGGAAGCUGCGCAGUCUCCGGCCACGCCGGAGCUUGCGACCUCCUCGGAAAACCGCCUGAGGAUGGCGAUGAUCGAUUCCUCAUCUUCUUCGGCUCAACUGAAAGAUGCCAUCUCCGCAGUGGAGUCUUUGCUUGGCGAGGCGAAACGUGAGAUGAAGAACAAGCAGCUGCGCGAGCGCCGGGCGGCCUUCGAGCAGCUCCACGCGGCCUUGGAGGCCAACGACGAGCAUGCUCUGGCCCAGGCCGUCGAAGCAGCGCGGAUGGCGGAGGUCGAGGCCGAAGACGUCGCAAAGGCCGAGGCCGGCGCUUGCGACGCUAACCGGCAGCCGAACGGAAAGCACUGCCGCACGCUUCAUUCUUCCAUGGAUUUCUUGCUCUCACGCCGCCACGUUGGCGAUCGCAGCUCAUGGCUCAUGGCUUGA